AUGAAGGUGUUGUCCUCGCCGAGUGGGGGUGGGGGUGAGAGCUGCGGUGCCUUGGGCGCCUUGGGGGGCUUGGGCGCCUUUGGUGGGCUGGGCGCUUUGGGCACUUUGGGCGCUUUUGGUGGGCUGGGCACCUUGGGGGAUUUGGGGCUCUUGGGAGGCGAUGGGUGUGGAGGCGGUGGCGCGGGUGAAGUACGUGGAAUAGGCGGCGGUGGGACGGGUGGUGGUGGAGAUGGUGGUGAUGAUGUUAAUGGUGGUGAUGGUGGUGAUGAUGUUAAUGGUGGUGAUGGUGGUGGAGAUGGUGGUGGAGAUGGUGGUGAUGGAGAUGGUGGUGGUGGAGAUGGUGGUGGAGAUGGUGGUGGUAGAGAUGGUUGUACAGAUGGCGGAGAUGAAGGGGGCGGGGAAAGGGGCUGGGUACGAGGAGAGGGGGGCUGGGAGGUUGGAGAGAGCUGCCCGGGUGGAGUUGGUGGUGGGGGGAGCAGGGGGGGUGGCGGCCUCAAACGGGGUGGUGGCGGUGGCGGCGGUGAUGACGGGCUGGGUGGGAGGGGAGGAGGGGAGGGUGAUGGUGGGGAGGGCGGUGGUGGGAAGGGCGACGGUGGGGAGGGCGAUGGUGGGGAGGGCGAUGGUGGGGAGGGUGACGGUGGGGAGGGCGAUGGUGGGGAGGGCGAUGGUGGGGAGGGCGAUGGUGGAGAGGGUGACGGUGGGGAGGGCGAUGGUGGGGAGGGCGAUGGUGGGGAGGGCGAUGGUGGGGAGGGCGAUGGUGGGGCGGGCGAUGGUGGGGACGGCGAUGGUGGGGACGGCGAUGGUGGGGCGGGCGAUGGUGGGGCGGGCGAUGGCGGGGACGGCGAUGGUGGGGACGGCGAUGGUGGGGCGGGCGAUGGUGGGGCGGGCGAUGGCGGGUUGGGCGAUGGCUGCGGGCUGGGUGGCAUUGGAGCAAGUGGAGGUGGAGCGUCUGGGGGAGCCGGGCAGGGGCAGAAGCUCAUGCCGAACUUGAUGUAG